CAUUGUGAGAAAUAUGCAGUUAAAAAUGUCUAAACCAUUUAAUCAACGUUUUGUGAAACAGUUAUUGCAACAAGAAAACGAAUUCAUUUCAAAAAUAUUUUCAAAAAUGCCAUUGCCUAUGUCUGAACUAGUUUCAGAUGACAAAGAUAAGAUAGUUACAUAUAAUAAAAAAAGCACGUCAGAAGGUAAUAUUUUUCCAAACUUAACUGGAAAAGCAAAGAGAGCGCAGACAUUCGAGGAACUACAUGCUAAAUUAGAGGGAUUAAAAAAUGUUAAACGAUUAGGAUAUCAAGAGAAACAAUUGAAAAAAAAUUUGAAAACCAAAAUAAAAAAGAUAUCGAAAAAAAAAAAGCAAGUAACACAAAAUAAGGUAGCAAAAACGGAACAGAAUGUAACUGGUAUAUCUAAAAUAAAAAAAGAAGACAGCGAAGUACCAAAAAUUCCAAGACCAAAGCCAGUAUUUAAUUCGGAAGGUAAAAUGGUAUUUAGCAAAUUUGAUUUCUCUGAAAUUGGGACAAAAAAAAAACCUCCUAAAAAGGAUGCAAAAAAGAUGUUGCUCGAGUUGAACCAAAAGAAAGAGAAAUUAAAAGAAAUGGAACGAUCGGGUGAAACAGAGAAAGCAGAAGAAAUUAAAGAAAAAGAUGCAUGGAAGACUGUUUUGGCAAAAGCCAGUGGAGACAAGGUGAAAAACGAUGCAGAUUUACUUAAACGAACAUUAAAGAGGAAAGAGAGUCAGAAGAAACAGAGUGCUAAAAAAUGGAAAUCUAGACUAGAAAAUGUACAGAAAGGAGUUCAAGAAAGACAAGAAAAACGGCAGGAUAAUAUUAUGAAAAGAAAGAAAGAAAAGAAACUGAAUAAGUUAAAAAAAGCAGCUAAAAAGGGACGAGUAGUAUCUGGAUUUUGA